CUGCAGUAACACAGCAUAUAUCCGGUCAGCCAGUCGCCAGCUGGCGUGCGUCAGCAGUAGACGCCGUGGUGUUAGUGUCUAAACAAGAGAGGCAAGAGCGAACCACUCCUUCAGCCAGCCAAGCCUCUGGACCAGUGAGAUGACCGGCGCCGCCCUCUCCGCGGCCAGACGCGCGUGCAGCGGCAGCCGCCGCCUGCUGUCGCUGCCGCCCCCAGCCGCCCCCGCCGCCACCCCUGCCUCUGGCAGGUGGCUGGCCACUGUCGCCGCCCCCGCAGAGGCGCCACCCAGCUCUCCGUCUCAGGAGUGGCUGAGCGCGAGGCCCUUCGAGGAGAUGCCAGGCCCCAAGAAGCUGCCCAUCAUCGGCAACCUCUGGAAUUUCAUCCCUAAGAUCGGAGAGAUGUCGAAUCAAGACUUGAAUGAAUUAAACGACUUCCUGUGGAAGCGUUACGGCGACUUAGUGAAACUCGACGGCAUUCCUGGGCGGCCGACGUCUGUGAUCUUGUUUGACGCAAACGACAUUGAGAAAGCGUUCCGCAACGAGGGACCGUGGCCCCACCGCAGUGGCCUGCAGAGCAUGCUGUACUACCGGAAACACGUCAGACCCGACUGGUUCCGGGACCGCUGCGGUGUCGCCGUCACCCAGGGAGAGGAGUGGUACAACUUCCGGCGCAAAGUCAACCAGCCCUUAAUGCAGCCUAGGUCCGCCAAGCUGUACGUGGGACCCAUAGACCAGGUGGCCGAAGACUUCGUCAACAGGAUGGUACUGCUCAGGGACGAAAACCUGGAGAUGCCGGACAAUUUCCUUAACGAGCUGUACAAGUGGGCCCUCGAAUCGGUGUCACUGGUGGCGCUGGACGCACGCCUCGGUUGCCUGGAGCCCGAUUUCCCGCCUGACUCUGAGCCGCAGAAGCUAAUCGACACCGUGCAGGUCCUGUUCGACUCGAUAUACAAGCUGGAGUUCCGGCUGUCACCCUGGAAGGUCAUCAGCACACCCACCUGGCGGCGCUUCGUCCGGGGCCUCGACUACUUCUACGAGACAUCGAUGAAAUACAUCAACGCCGCCAUGGAACGCAUCAAGGCCAAAGGCGAGAACUCCACUGGAGACCUCAGCGUGCUGGAGCGGCUGCUGCUCCAGAAUGAUGACCCUGUAGUCGCCUGCGUCAUGGCGCUAGACAUGAUGUUCGCAGGCGUCGACACGACUUCCAACGCGGCCGUAGCCUGCCUGUACUACGUGGCCAAGAACCCGGAGGCCCAGCAGCGGCUGUUUGAGGAGGUGUACGCCCAGCUGCCAGAGUCGCAGAGCCAGCCGCUGACGGCCAGCAAGCUGGAGGAGUGCCGCUACCUCCGGGCGUGCUUCAGGGAGGCCAUGAGGUUGAAGCCCAUAGCACCAGGCAACGCCCGACGGGUCCUCGUCGAUGACUUUGUCUUAGGCGGCUACCGUAUACCUAAGGGGGUGGACCUUGUCAUGGGACACCCUCAGCUCUCGGUCUCUGAGCAGUACUUCCCCCAGGCGGACCAGUUCCGCCCCGAGCGCUGGCUGAAGGGCCCGGACGGCCGGUCGGAGGCGCAGGACGCGCAUCCCUUCGCCUCGAUGCCCUUCGGCUUCGGCCCCAGGAUGUGCAUCGGCAGGCGCUUCGCAGAGCUCGAGGUCUACACGCUGGUGGCCAGGAUAAUCCGGCGCUUCCGCCUAGAAUUCCACGGUGACAUCAAGUGGAACACGGGCUUGAUCCAGUUCGCGGCAUCACCCCUCAAGUUCAAGGCCAUAGACAGGGACCGCUGAAGACCGAGCCGUCGAUGGAGCCAUCUCUACGGUGAAUGACGCACGGUUGGUUGGAAGGUUGGACUCGCAGUGAUGUGCGAGGGCUUCGAAAAGAUGCUACGCCCUUCUGCUUGCAAUAUACGUAGCUGUCCGAUUUUGUUAACAGCUCACUGCAAAUAUUUCUUCACUUUAUAAUAAUUAUACAAAAAUAUCUAUCACUAUUUUACCUGAUAAAGAAAACUGUUAAAUUAACUACAUGAUUCUUUUGAACAUUGCUAGAGGAUUUCCAUGUAGGACACUGAUAAGACGUUGCAAGAAGCACAGUUUAGUGCAGUGCGUCACAUGAUAACGGCUCUGGCACUGUGCAAGAAAGAUAACGAAGAAUUUGGCUGUUCUUACAUCACACGAGACGUGAAAGAUAAGAUAGACGUGGAGCACAAUGAGCCGAAUGACGCAGUGCCUUAGAAUCUGACGUUACGAAGUAGUCACUUGGGUCAAAACCGCUUCAGCAAUCUUCUCGCUGGUUCGAUGACGCCCACCUUUGAUUGCUCUCCUGUACCAACCACUUCAUCUCAGGUACCACUUGCAACCUACAUCCUCAGUUAUUUGUUGGAUGUAUUCCAAUUUCUGUAUUCCUACCAUUUUUACCCUUUAUAGUUCCUUCUAGCACUCCGAUGUCUUUAACAAAUGUCUUAUAAUCUUGUCCCUUCUUCUUGUCAGUGUUCUCCAUAUUUUCCUUUCUUCGCUGAUUCUGCGAAGAAACUUCUUAUUUCAUAUCUUAUUGGUGCAUAUGAUUUUCAACAUUCUUCUGUGGCAUCACAUAUCAAACUCUUUGACUAUCUUCUUUCAGAUUUUCCUAGUGUCCAUGAUUCACUACCAUGCAAUGCAGUUUGUCAAACGUAAAUGCUCAGAAAUUUCUUUCUCGGAUAAAGACAAACGUUUGACAUUAGCAGACUUAUGUUGUCCAGGAAUACCCUGUAUACUGUGCUGAUCUGCUUUUCAUGUCCUCCCUGUUUCAUCUACCGAUGUGUUAUUCUGCUUCCACGAUAGCUUCUUCUCCUUCCUGGUCCCCAAUUUUGCUGUUAAGUUUAUCGCUAAUUUCUUUGCUACUACUUUUCGUUACUUCCGUCUAGUUUCCAUUUACUCUCACUCCGUAGUAUGUACUCAUUAGACUGUUCAAUGCAUUCGACACGACCUUUAAUUCUUCUUCAAUUUCACUGAGGAUAACAAAGUCAUCAGAGAAUCUUAUCAUUGAUGACCUGUCUCCCUGAAUUAUAAUCCCACUAUUCAACCUUUCUGUUACUUCCAUCAUUGUUUCUUUGAUGUACAGAUUGAACUAUAGGAGCGAAAGACUACAUUUCUGUCUUAAACGCAUUUUAAACCGAACACUUUGUUACUGCUUUCAUGUUCUUACUGUUGUCCCUUGGUUCUUGUAAAGAUCGUAUAUUAUCCGUCUUUCCCUGUUUCUGACUCCUAUUUUUUCUCAGAAUUUCAUUUCACAUUGUCGAACGCAUUUUCUGUGUCAACAGAUCCCACGAAGGAGUCUUGAUUUAAGCCUUGCUUCCAUCAUCAUUCGCAAAUUCAGAACUGCUUCCCUGAUUCCCUUGCCUUUCCGAAAGCUAAACUGAUUAACAUCUAAAAGAUCCUCAGUUUUCUUUGCUACCAUACUUCAAGUGCAAAGGUACUGAGUGGGAAAUCUGACCAUAUCCAGAUGUUCUGCUCAGUCGAUGUUUGUGUACGUCCCCGCUGGUAUAGAGAAAAUGACAAUUUGGAGACGAAACUGGAAGUCAUGAAGGCAGAACAGUAAGAAAUAUAAACGUUGUUGACCCUAGUGUCAUAUGUACAAAGUGCCUCAUCAUAUGGGCAAUGUGUGUUCGACCCCCACAGGGGAAUAAAUCUUUAGCUCCCACAAAUGUUUAUAACAUUGUUUCUAGUUCAGAUGAUCAGUGAUACUUAGUUUAGCAGGAGAUUAUAGAAAUCCCUUUUGGAUCUGUUGGGACCCAAAUGAAGUUACUGGGGACGUUUUCCGCGUUUUGUCGAGAACCCUUGAUGAAGUUAACGCAGCUUCUUAACGCGUGUUCAUUUCCGUAAGUGAAAGGUGCGUCAGACUAGCUGAUAACUGACACUGGAUUGCGUUGUAGUCGCAGAUCAGGUCGGCCGUCACUUCACGUGAGAUGGUUUCUGAGCGCUGAUUACCUUCGCUACAAACGACGUCCGUCUUAGUUUGUAAAUACUAAAGUCUUAUAAUAUUACCUUAUCCUAUCAAUGUUAACCUUUCUAAAUGCUGCUGUACUAUGUACUGUAAAGAUAUUUAUUAUAGGUGAAAGCUCUUAAUUAGUUUCAGUUAAUAGUUUUUUUCUCUACUGACAAUAUAAAUACUUGUACAGUAAUUCAACUGCCAGUCAGGUAACAGACAACAUAUCGUUCGUCAGUUCCCUCUGCUGGCAGUUAUUCACCAUAAGUUUCACAGCGGCUACACUAAUCAUUUGUCUUUAAAUGUUUGUAACUCCUUAACUAAAAAAUAUACAAAUUGAGCUCAUGCAGCAGUUUCUUCCAACACGCAACAUUCAUUCUCUUUAUCUGCCACUUUUGUGGUUCUAUCACAUCUUUUCUUCUCCAUAAGUGAUAUUCAAUCUUUUUUGCCAUCAUUUGUCAUAAGCCCAGUACUGACCACAUACAAAAUUGUAAUUUCUCCCCUCCAAGCGAGUUUCACAUCUAUUUCUGAACGAUUACUAAAUCAUAGCAUGAAAUAUAUUUGCUGUAUUCAUCAGUAAUCCGUACCAAUUUUUCUUGUGAGAAAGAUGAGAGCAAUGACACAUAUUAAGCAGUAUAUACUGUAUUUUUGUUACCACACUGCCAGUGAAUAAGAGUUAUAUCUGUUACCAAUGUAAAAAAAUGCUAUUGAAACACUGUAAUAUUAUUUCAUAUUACUAAAAAUAAAGAAAUGUUUUACUAUGUCAUAA